CGGAAGAUCCUGCUCUCAUGAGAGAAGACAUAUGACCCGACAGAGAGCGUUGGCCCUAGUGGAUUGCACUUCGCACUGGAAUCGCUGCACCAACACCCACAAUAGAGGAUGCAGAGGCAAGAAUCACAACUCGAGUGAACUCAUCCGUCUUGGGACCAACGUCGCGUAGCGCCUCGAGAUGAUUGUGGACGAGUGGAUAGCAGGCUUGCACGAUGGUCGAGUGAUACCGGCUUCCGGUGCCAGAGAGUUGUGCGCUCGUGCCAUCGCUUUAUUACUGGAGGAAGCAAACGUGGUCUGUUUAUCUGCGCCCAUCACGGUUUGUGGUGAUAUCCAUGGCCAAUUCGAUGACCUCUUGCGAAUAUUCCGGAUUGGUUCGCCGCCUGAGAACUCUUUUGUGUUCCUAGGAGACUAUGUGGAUCGAGGGAGCUGCUCAAUAGAAGUGUUGCAACUGCUGUUGUGUUACAAGAUAAAAUAUCCAAGUCGAGUGACUUUGCUGCGAGGCAAUCACGAAUCCCGUUUGAUCACGCAAGUUUACGGCUUUUAUGAUGAAUGCAUCCUCAAGUAUGGUUCUUCACAAAUCUGGCAUGACUGCUGUGCUGUGUUCGAUGCUCUCAGCAUUGCCGCUAUCGUUAAUGACAAGAUACUCUGUGUCCAUGGUGGGCUUUCACCCUACAUCCAAACGAUGGCACAGCUUUCAUUUCUAGAUAGACACCAGGAACUUCCCUGUCAAGGUGCGCUUUGUGAUCUCCUUUGGUCCGAUCCUAUUGAUGAAGACAGUGAUUGGAUCUUAUCUACUCGAGGUGCUGGGUAUCUUUUUGGUGAGGCAAUUACAUCAAAGUUCAAUGAGCUCAAUUGCCUAAGUCUCAUCUGCCGCUCGCAUCAACUUGUCAUGGAGGGAUUUAAAUUUCAUUUUGCUCCGAAAUCCAUCAUCACAAUAUGGUCAGCACCCAACUACUGUGGUCGUUGUGGUAACGCAGCAGCCAUCAUUCAUCUCGACGCAAGCGACGACUAUGGUAGGCUGGUGACUUUUUCUUGAGGUUGGUCGGCAUUAACCUCCUGUUGCUGAAUUGAGUGCAAAAACAGCAGAUAAUGCGGGUACAAGUCCCAGGCUGAGCUUUCUGAGUAAGCGCCGCGCAGGUGAGCGAGUGAACCAGGGUGGAGUUGACCUCCUGGCCAUCGAAGAUCAUCCUUACCAUCCAUGGAUGUUAAGGCAUGGAUGAUAAGAGUUGAACAUCCCCGCGCAAGACGACUCGCGGAGCCCUGAGGAGGAUAUCCACAUUAUCGCCAUAAGGUAGCACACUGGGCUUCCCCUCUCUAGCCCCUCUCUCACCCACUACGCCCAUCCUGCUUCUGCGGACUGCACCUUAACGUCAAGAUAAUGU